AUGAGUGAUGAAGAAUUUGAUAAUCAAGUUGAGCAGGCAGUUCAAGUUUUAGAACAGAACAAUAUAGAGAAAAUAGUUAUAAAUGGCCUGCAGCUAUUAGUUUUCAUGAAAUCCGUAUCAGAUUCCGUUGUUUUGUCGAAAUAUUUUUCGAAAUUAAUGGGUUACUUCACGGCACUUUCAAAAUUCCUGAAGAAUACAAAUAUACCACGUGAAGUGAUUCAGAAGGGACUCGAGAUGUCGCUCUCUUGUAACUUUUUGACGCCAAGAUUAUACAUGGCAUAUUUUUUUGCAAUUGCAGCUGAAGAUUAUGAAUCCCUUGAAGAACUGUCACAAAUGAUUACCAUGGUAGGACAUCCGUUGCGUGCAAUUUAUCUCAGAUAUACUUAUAUUUACUUUUAUCCUCAAAACUUUGUCACAUUUCAAAAAUUCCUUACAUCCAACUUUACUGAAAUGAUAAACUUUUAUAACGAGAUCGAUUUCCACGAUGAUUACUCAAAUGAAGCCAUAAUAAGUUAUAUCACGACAAACAUUUCUCUAGGCUUGUACAACAUUACCAACAGAUACCAGAAAGCUCAGUUCUUCCUGGAAUCCACGAUUAAUCAAAAAGAAAGGCUUUUAACCGAUUCUAUUUUUUAUAUUACGAUUACAAAUCUAUCUGGCGAAGAAAUAGAGCCAAUAUACAAUACAAUUGAGAAGUACCUUAAAAAUACUUCAUUAUCCAGUGAAAAACUUAAAUCUUGUUAUUAUAUCAUCCAAACAACGAGUAUUCCAUCAGAAGUCUACAAUUUCCUUUCGUCUACUGAAUACAUAAACAAUUGCCGUGACCAGCUGUUCAAAAGAGCCUUGGAAUUGAACGAUGAAGAACUUCUUUUGAAAAUUGCUAAGAGAUGGCAAUCAGAAAACAUAUUACGACCAUUGGUUAAUCAUCUCGGAUACAAGAAAUUGAUUUCUGACGACUUAAUUCCUAAAAACAACGCUGAAUUUUUGUCAUGGUUUAUUGAUUCGUUCCAAAAGUACAUGGAGCCAAAAGAGAUACGCCAACUGAUAGAGAAUUAUUUAAUAUCAAGGCCUGAACAACUAGAUAACGCCUUACUUUUAGUUGCAAAGCGAGGAUUUGAAUUUUCAAAUUUAAUUUUUUCAAAACCUUUCGUUUUUAGCAGCACUGAGAUGCUUAAUCUUUGUCUAGAUGGCUGCAAUGAUCGAAAGACCAUAGAAGAAUACGUAAAUCGUUCAUCUUCGACGAUAUCAGCAAAAGAACGUCAGAAAAUCAAAGAAAGCCAUGGAAUAAUAUCAUCAAACUUCGACCCGCAGCUUAGUGAUAGUAAUUUGUCUCUAAUUGAUAACGUUGACUUGUAUAUGAGUUUGCUUUUGAGAAAGGAUCCAAAUACUAACCAAUUGUUGCAUUCCAUUCGAACUAUAUUUAAUAUUGCUAAGGAAUAUCCUGCUUUCAUCCUUACAACUCAAGAAAAAAUUAUUGAAUGGAAAUCUAUCCUUGAAACACUCAAUUUGGAAAACAAUGACCUCCUGGAUUACAUAAAUAAGCUGUUGGCAUAA